AUGCGGGUGACGAGCCGCCUCUGCUCCUGCAGCAGCCAGUACGGCCGCAUCUCGCGGCACCACGCCACCUGCGCCGCGAAGACUAACUGCAGGCGCCGCGUGUCGGCGAGGAGCUGCCCGUUCGCGUCGAAGAUGCCGCUAUUCACUGCCUGGUGGAAGCACUCAAAGUACGCGAGGAACUUCUCCCGCGUGUCGCGUGCGAAAGCGACAGUGAGGCGCACAAACGCCUCGUAG